GACGAGAAGAACUAUUUACUUUUUUGGGAGGCUGUCGCUCGCUUGAUUUACAUUCGAAAACCAUAUCUCCAAGAUGCCAAGAGAUCCAUUGAUCGGUUUGGUGGGAAAGCCGUCUAGCGGAAAGUCAACCACCCUCAACAGCUUGACUGACGCCUCCUCCAAAGUUGGAAACUUCCCAUUCACCACCAUCGAUCCUCAGCGCGCGAUCGGCUACCUGCAAAUAGAAUGCGCUUGCCGAAGACUGAACGUUUCCGAUAAGUGCCGUCCGAACUAUGGAGGCUGUGUGGAGGGCCGUCGUUCGGUGCCGAUCGAGCUCCUGGACGUGGCUGGUCUGGUCCCGGGCGCGCAUCAAGGCCGCGGCCUUGGAAAUAAGUUUUUGGACGACUUGCGCCAUGCUGAUGCGUUGAUUCAUGUGGUGGAUGUGAGCGGAACGACGGACGCAGAAGGCAAGGCCACACGUGGCUACGACCCCUCGCAAGACAUUGAGUGGCUUCACUCCGAGAUUGUGCGCUGGGUGCUUGGCAACCUGAUGCAGAGAUGGGGCUCGAUCAAGAGAAGACAUGUUGCGACUAAAUCGACGGCUGUGGAUACGUUACAGUCUCAGUUCUCCGGAUAUGGAAGUACAUCCUCUAUUGUUGGACGGUGUCUAGAUAAACUGGCGCUCAAGGAACCCUUGGAGGAAUGGUCCGACGAGACAGUCGAGAAGGUUGUCGAGACGUUCAUCGACGAGAAGUUCCCUACCGUGUUCGCCUUGAACAAGAUCGACCACCCCGAUGCGGACAAGAAUAUCAGCAAGAUCGCCAAGAUGCAAGACCCAAAGUCUAUCGUUCUGUGUUCCGCUAUAUCGGAAGUAUUCCUUCGCAGACUUGCGAAGCAGGGAUACAUCAAAUACGUCGAAGGGAGUGAGUUUGUGGAUAUGCGAGAAGACCUGAUCGACAUGGGUGAUCCGGAUGGAGGCGGUCUCAAGGAGAUGGAUGAGAAGCUGAAGACGCGCGUCGAAAACUUGAAAGAUAUGGUUCUCUAUCGAUUCGGCUCUACUGGUGUUGUGCAGUGCCUCUCACGUGCUGCUGAACUUUUGGGGCUCGUACCCGUGUUCCCCGUCCGUAACAUCCAUACGUUCUCAUCCGGAGCUGGUUCGGCAGUCUUCCGAGACUGUGUGCUCGUCAAGAAGAACAGCACGGUGGGCGAUGUCGCCCGCAAGGUCAUGGGUGAUGUACCCAUCUCGUAUAUCGAAGGAGUCGGCGGAACCCGAGUUUCAGAGGACGAGAUUGUCGAAGUGGGGAAGCACGAUGUUCUUUCCUUUAAACCUGGCAGAUAGAUUUCUCUCCUGUCCAAUCUAUGUACAGUGAACAUGAUAAUGAAAUAAACCGAGACGAUGCUACAAUCAUGAAUAAAACGCGGGCGUUCGGAACCGCAAUGAACCCGAUUGGUACAAUGGCUUCGUGAAGCCAGAAAAUACCAGUCAUUGGCUUUUAGUGUCCUCGCUAGAGAAAUAGGUAGGCAAGUCAGCUAUUGAAUCCGAACCACACGUCCACAGAACCAAACCAUUGGUGGCUGGCAGUCCGCAAAGCAAGGGAUGUUUUGUGUUCACCAUACCUGUCCUCUCUCAUCGUUCAUCCCGAUGAUCGGCUCGGGCGCCCGCGGAUGCUCCUUCUUGGCCUUACGCUCGUGCUUCAACCCGCCGCGCUCGGUGGCCGCCCCCUGUUUGGAG